UAUAAGCAGGGCCGAAACACUGCAUGAGACCCACAGCUAUGCAGACAUCAUUCGCUGUUAUCUGAAAUUCGGCUGUAACCAGCCUCUGCGAUGGUGUCUGGCAGCCCCACCGCAGGCCGAGCAGCCGGACCCGGGCGCGGUCACUCCAGGGCCGGGUGAUGUGGGGCCGCAAGUUGCCGGAGGAAAAGGCUGACCAGCGAGCCCGAGUCGCGCGCAGACCGGGCCGUCAGCAGGCCUCACCUGGAGCCCGGCGGCGGCGUCCACCGGCUUCACAUACAACCGCCACCACCGCCGAGCAGCCGACCCAGCAGCCGCUGGGCCAACUCGCCUCCCCGCUACGUCAACCACGUAGGGGGCGCGUCGCGUCACGUGACCCACAAACGCCGCGCGCGCUACCUCCCGCGUUACGUCUCUCGCCGCGCGCCCACCGGAAGUGGUUGCUACCGCUCUUUUUCCGGUUCCGCCCGCCGCGGCGUCACUGGCGUCCUGAGGAGUCUGGGCCAUCUCGGAAGGAGAGGGUGGAGGCCGCGGCCAGCUGGAGGCGCAGUCAUGCCCCGGAAGGAAAAUCCCCUCGGCAGUGUCUGAAGGAAGGAAACUGCAAAGCUUUGCAAUACUCAUUUUUUGAGUGUAAAAGAUCAAUGUUGGAUGCCAGAUCAAGAUUCAGGGGAAGAAAAGGAUAUUGAUACUACUAUGUUGAAACCAAGAUGGAUACAACAAAGGACUCUGGUCAUUAAUCCAGAGAAGCCAAAAUAAGAAACAUACUUUUUGUUACAUCUGUUCAGGUGGACCAGUUUUUUCCUCCAUGAAACAAGAAAAUGGAUGAGUUCUGGUUUUCAGUAGGUAUAAAUGAUUCCCUUGCUCUAAGUUAUUCUUAGAAUAAAAAUUUAAUUGAAUAGUUAUGAGCCGAGAACAUAAUAGAUGUGUUUUAAGAAUUGUUCUGAAGCACAGGGAAUGGAAAGAUUGUCAGUUUCCAACUUGACUUCUCUACUAGAUGAUACAAAUUUGUGCAUCCUUUGUCAAUACUCUGGAGGCCAGGGAUGGGACUGUGAAAGUCAACAUGCAGCCUGAGGAGAAAAUACCUGUCUGGAAAGUUUAGGGUAAAACUUUCUUUUAUUCAGAUUGUACUGUUUAGUUCUAAAAUAAAUUGUGUUUGACCGCUUGGUGAAGAAAUGCUUCCCUUGCACUGAUUCAUUCAGUAACAACCUCAAAACGUUAAUGCCACUCGUUAGGCAAAGCUGGAUCCAAAUCUGGGACUAUGCUGCCAGGGCUUCUGGCCUCCUCUCCUGAGUGUUUUUCUGUUUCCUGACCUCAUUUUUAGGCUGGCCCUCUCUCCAUAAUGGGGAAGAGGCCAGUGUCCCCCCAAAGCACACAUCCUUAAAGUCUGUGAUCCCAAAAGAAGAAAGAUAACCUCCUUUUCUGGGGUCCAGUAAUCAGAUUCCACAAAAGGACUGUUGUCUUCUCUGGAACAACUGCCUUUGAAUUGGACCAGUCCCUGUGGGAAAAGGGACAGGACCCCAUGAUCUUGGCCAGGGCUGGGUCUUAGGCACUGUAUUUGGUAAUUCAUGUCAGAAUCACCUUGGUUGAGUGGUGGGCCUUUAUCCUAAAAGGAAAGGAUUCAGAGCAAACUGAAACAGCAGGUGUUGACGUUAGAAGGCAAGACUGAAAAUUAUGAAAUACUUGAAAAAGUUUACAAUCACAGUGAUUUUAUUCCAGUCACAUAAUACAGUAGAGCCAGAUAUGAAUCCAAGUUUCCAGUUUUAUUUUCAGGAUUGAAGAAUGACGGAAGAGCCGUUGCUUCUUCAUAGAUCUGCAGUUCACUGGAGUUAGAACAAUCAAGGUAUUCUGUAGCUCUUUGCUUUCUUAAAAGUUCACCUAAAGUGAAAAUUCUGUUAUCAGCACUGGUCCUUGCUGCAGAACAUCACUGAGAUCUUUUAUAUAUUAUUCAUUGGUAAAGAGAAAGUGAUAGAUUUUUUUCAAUGAAUUUUUGUAUAUAUCUGUUUAAGUGCCACAACUUUUAUUAAAGGUUAAGUUUGUUAAGAAACUCAAAUUAUGUUAUAGAGCCCUGUCUUUUCUUAGCUACAGCUUUUUUGAGAGCUUCACUGGGAGAAAUUCAAAUACCUUAAAAUUCACUCUUAAAGUAAAGAUUCAGCUUUUUUUUCUCUUAGUAGUCACAGAGUCAUGAAGCCAUCACCACUGUCCAAUUCCAGAGCAUUUACACCGCUCCAGAGAGAAGCCCUGUCUCCAUUAGCGGGCACUCCCUUCUCUCCGUGGGUACCCCAGUCCUAGCAACCGCUUACACAUUUUCUGUGUGUAGAUUCACUUCUUCUGGGCAUUUCAUAAACUUAGAAUUAUGUAACAUGUGACCUUUUGUGACUGGAUUCUUUCUUCAUGUUUUCAAGGUUCAUCUAUAUGUAGCAUCCAUCUGUACUUCAUUUCUUUUUAUUGCUGAAUAAUAUUCCAUAAUAUAAAUAUACCACAUUUCAUUUAACCAUUUAUCAGUUGAUGAAUAUUUGGGUUGUUUGUACUUUGGGGCUAUUAUGACUAAUGAUAUGAACAUUCAUGAAUGAAUUUUAUGUGGACAUGUUUUAUUUCUGUGUCAUAUGAUAAUUCCAGCUUUAAAUGAUGAACUGCCAAACUUUUCCACAAUGGCUAUAUCAUUUAUAUCCCCACCAGCAAUGUAUGAGGAUUGCAGCUUCUCCAUAUCACCAACAGUUGUUAUUUUUCAUAUUUUUAUUUGUUUUUUAUAUGAUAACUAUUUUUAAGUCAUUUUUAUUUUUUGAAAAUUUUAUUGGAGUAUAGUUGAUUUACAGUGUGGUGUUAGUUUCACGUGUACAAUAAAAUGACUCAGUUGUGA